AAACAAAAGACAGCACUGCACAGCAGUAGCAGAGGACAAUUAAGAAAGUAAUAUCGAGAUUUUACUCAAGAUGUGGAAGUUUCUAUUGGUUUCUUUUGUCGGACUUGUUGUCGUACAGCACAUAUUGACAUUUGUAUACAUCAUGGGAUAUCAUAAGUUUGUCUUCAAGCACAGGCCCGGCAAGUGUAAGGUUCUAAGUUUCAUAGACUAUGGUGUAGCUGACAUGGAAUUAAUGCCAGAUGGCCUUGUCCUUGUAGCAUCAUCUAACUACAGAUCCAAUCCUAAGAUAGGAGUGAUCCAUACUUUUAAUCUUUCAAGACCAGAGGAUGGGUUUGUGAGGAUUGUCAUCAGUGGCAGACCUCAAGGAUCUUUCCAUCCUAUUGGACUCAGUAGUGUUUGUGAUGCAGGAUCAAGCUAUGUCUUUGUUGUUAACAAACAGAAUAUGGGAGACUUUAUAGAGGUAUUUGAAUUGAGUAUGAAAGAAAAUAAACCAACCAUGAGAUUCCUGAAAGAGAUUAAUGAUCCACUCAUGAGAAGAUUGAGCGAUGUAUUAGCAGUGGGACCCGAUCAGUUCUAUGUUACCAACCAAGCAUACAGUCUUGAUCCUGGAGGACGAUUGUUUGAGCACUACAUGAUGUUUCCGUGGGGCAGUGUGCUGUACUGUGAUCCAAGCUGCAGACUGGUGUCCAAUCCUAUCUUUGAACCAAGUGGGAUUCAUAUGUCACCAGAUAAAAAGUACGUCUAUGUCUCUUUACUCUAUGGUAUGGGCGUACAUGGGUACAAGCGAGAUCCAGCAACCAAUGCAUUGACACCACAGACCGAUAGAUCUGUUAGCCUUUCAUCACUGGUUGACAACGUAUUUGUUGAUGUUAACGGGAGCGUCUGGACGGCCAGUCAUCCCGCGGCUUUUAAAUAUGAAGCAUACGAGAAACAUAAAAGGAUUUUACCUCCAUCCCAGGUACUCCAUAUUCGAUUCCGUGCAUCAUCUAAAGAAAUAUUUGAAGUGUACAGUGAUGACGGAACUCAGCUACCAGCAUCGUCCUCGGUGGUCUUCUAUCGAGACAAGCUGCUAAUUGCUUCCAGGUCAAAGGGCAUGCUUCUCUGUGACGCUAACAUCAAUUGGUGAUGGUCAACAAGGUCUUUGAUGGUGAUUGAUCAGCGUAUGAGGCACUUGGUGAUGAUUGGUCCACAGCCAGGCCUCUGGGUGGUGGUUGGUCAGGAGCCAAGCCACUAGGUGAUGAUUGGUCAGCAGCUAAGCCACUGGGUGAUGAUUGGUCAGUCAGCUAAGCCACUAGGUGAUGAUUGGUCAGGAGCUAAGCCACUAGGUGAUGAUUGGUCAGGAGCUAAGCCACUGGGUGAUGAUUGGUCAGGAGCUAAGCCACUAGGUGAUGAUUGGUCAGGAGCUAAGCCACUGGGUGAUGAUUGGUCAGCAGCUGAGCCUCUGGUUGAUAUUGGUCAGCAGCUGAGCCUCUGGUUGAUAUUGGUCAGCAGCUAACCCACUAGGUAAUGAUUGGUCAGCAGAUAAGCCACUGGGUGAUUGGUCAGCAGUCAAGCCACUGGGUGAUGAUUGGUCAGCAAUGAUGAUUGGUCAACAGCUAAGCCACUAAGUAAUGAUUGGUCAGCAGUCAAGCCACUGGGUGAUGAUUGGUCAGCAGUCAAGCCACUGGGUGAUAAUUGGUCAGCAGCUAAGCAACUGGGUGAUGAUUGGUCAACAGCUAAGCAACUGGGUUAUGAUUGGUCAACAGCUAAGCCACUGGUUUAUGAUUGGUCAGGAGCUAAGCCACUAGAUGAUUGGUCAGCAGCUAAGCAACUGGGUGAUGAUUGGUCAGGAUCUAAGCUAUUGGGUGAUGAUGGUCAGCAGCUAAGCCACUGGGUGAUGAUUGGUCAGGAGCUAAGCCACUGGGUGAUGAUUGGUCAGUUAGCUAAGCUACUGGGUAAUGAUUGGUCAGUUAGCUAAGCCACUGAGUGAUGAUUGGUCAGGAGCUAAGCCACUGAGUGAUGAUUGGUCAGCAGCUAAGCAACUGGGUAGUGAUUAGUCAGCUGCUCAGUCACUGGAGUCAGUUAGCUAAGCCACUGAGUGAUGAUUGGUCAGCAGCUAAGCAACUGGGUAGUGAUUAGUCAGCUGCUCAGUCACUGGAGACAGUCAGCUAAGCCAUCAGUGACUAAUCAGCUAAGCAACAUGAGAUUAUUAACAUCAUUCCUUUAUUUUCAAUGAGAAAAAUUAUCCUAUUCAUUCGAUAUUUGUUACACUGCCUCGUACAGUCAAGUAAUUUUUUGUUUUCACUCUCUGUGGCUCUAAAUGCCAAAUUUGACAUGGAGAAUGUCUUUUUCAGGGAAGUGAAUUUGAUAUUCU